ACAAGGUCAAAAGCCCACAAGCCGCAGCAUGGCACUCCAGCUCCGGUACCCUGAAGAAGCCGACUUCCACUCGCGCACGUUCGUCGACGUCGAGGAAGCGCCCGCGCCCGCGCUAGCCGACGCCAUCUUCCGCUGGAGUCCGAGCGUGCGAGCGGACCUCGCACGCCGCAACGAAACCUGCUUGACGCCAGCGCGCUUGCUCGUCGCGACCGGCGCCGAGGCCACGGCGUUUGCCAAGACCAUCUCGCAGGGCUCGCCCGUGCUUGGCACGCUCGUCCUCUCGACGACGCCGAUCGCGCACACGACCUUUGGCGCCGGACCCGCCGCGGUCUGCGCGCUCGUAGCCCUCACGCCCGAGACGCUGCUGCUCCUCGCGCCGCUCGAGGUCGCCGAGAACGACGUGUGGACGUUUGUUGAUGCGCUCUUUGCCCACGUCGCGCCGCAGGAGGUCAUGUCCUUGAGCGCCCUCAUGUCGGUCACAUACGACGCCACCUUGCACGACGGCUGUGUGCUCUACCAGCUUGCGUCGUCGCCUCUCUCGGAGGUGCCCAUGCUGCCUGCGCCACGCUUCGUGACGGGCAUUCCAGCCGCGCUCCUCACCUAUUGCACGCUUCGCCGUCGCCGCGCCUCGGUGUUUGUCUCGCUGCUGCACCCGACAACGUCACUGCUCGAGUCGACGCGCUGUUUUGCCCCGCUGCUAGCGCAUCUCGGGCUUUCGUCAGUCCCGACAACCAAGAGCCUCGACGAUGCUGCCACCACCAAGUCGUUUGAGAGCUUGUACAUCUAGUACGCACUUCGAUCCUGGA